AUUUCCUUCGCUGCCCUGAGUGAAAAAGAGGGAGCCCAACACCUAUCGGAGACUCACAGGAUCCGUGUCAUUCCUUCUUUGACGACACUCAGGAUCAUUCAAGAUAGUCUAGAGGACUAUCACAGCAACACUGGUGCCUUGAUAAUAGGCAAUCCCAAGGUUGAUUGGCUGCUGCCAUUGCCAUGUGCAAGAAAGGAAGCGGAUGUGGUCGGACGACUGGUAGGUGUUCCGCCUCUUGUAGACGAGAAAGCAACGAAGCAGGCGGUACUUGAGCGGAUAAGUUCAGUGAGCCUGAUACAUAUUGCUGCCCAUGGUAACGCCGAAAGGGGAGAAAUUGCCCUUUCCCCUUUCCUACUCCCAACAGUCGAAACACCAUCCCACCACAGGAAGCUUCCAUGUUGA